AUGACAGCAGCCGUCAAUCGGCAUGUCAGUGUUGACAAAUGGAACAAGGUCAACCCGGGCAAAGAUGCGCCAGUCCAUCGUGAAGCAGCCGGACUCGUUGCGCCGGAGUCGCUCGCCGCGGAAUCGGUGCAGCACGGCGGCGAGUUCGCGCAGAACCGCAAUGUUCAGCAAGAGGGCGUUGCAGGUUCCGAGCUGAAAACCCAGUCCGGUCGCGAAGGCGGCGUUGGUGUUGGUGGUGGUAAGUCCGUGGGUGUGGCGCCGGGCUACGUGGCAGAUCUAUACAUCAAGGAUACAAAGGGCCCUCAUGGGAAGAACAUCAAGGAAGGCGUUGAUGAUGGAGGCAGGGUUGGAGAGAAGAAUGACGGGCUGGCGAGGGCGUUGAGGUCGGAGCCGGGGAGCGAGGACGAUCCGAGCAGGUUGGCGGAAGCGCAGAUGUUUCAAAAGGGGAGUUUGGGAGCGAGGGGGGCUGGGCCGAGACAGGCUCAUUUGGAGGGGGAGAGUAUUUAUGACAAGUUGGAUAGCGAGACUUCUUUGUGA